AUGACCAACGUCGAGGCGAACCAAAAGUCCGCCAACGAGGGGGCGAGCGUCGCGGACGUCACGCCAGAGCCUGUGACACCGACGACAUCCAUUGAGGAAGUCAAGCGUUCUUCAGACGAAUCCUCUGCACCGAGUCGCAGUGUCCUGUACGUCGCCGUCCUCGGUCUAAGACCGGAUGAUCCUUCCUUGCCAUGCUUAACUAUUCGCAUGUGGGUGAUCGGUAUCGGGUUUUGCCUACUGGGUAGCGGUGUCAACACAUUGUACACGUUCCGAUACCCAUCCAUCAGUCUCUGCCAGUCGGCGAUUCAAUUUCUGGCGUGCCCUGUUGGGAAAGCAUGGGAGUUUGUCGUUCCCGACUGGGGUUUCAACAUCAGGGGUCAUCGCGUCAGCCUGAACCCAGGCCCGUUCAACUACAAGGAAAACAUCCUAGUCUAUAUCAUGGCCAAUCUCAGCUUCUUGACCCGAUUGAGCGCCGAUGUCUUGACCGAACAACGCAUCUUUUACGGGCUGAAAGCGGGCUGGGGAUUUGAGCUUACCGUAACACUGGCCACGAUUCUGUACGGAUUCGCUUUGGCUGGUUUGUGCUACGCGUUGGUUGUUGAGCCUCCGGGAUUGCUAUGGCCCGGCGUCCUUGGCAACACGGCUCUCAAUGCCGCAUUGCAUACUGGCAAAAGAGAGGACGAGACCGAGGCAAAAUGGACGGCAUCUCGCUACAAGUUCUUCAUGCUCGCCUCCAUUGCCUCGUUCUGCUGGUACUGGUUCCCAGACUCCAUCUUCCCUGCGCUGGGCUACUUUACCUGGGUCUGCUGGAUCGCCCCGAACAAUGCGGUUAUCAACCAGGUUUUCGGCAUGAAGAGUGGCAUCGGGAGUCAAAUUGCUUACAUUGGUUCACCGCUCGUUAUUCCCACAUGGGCCAUUCUGAAUAUCCUGGCGUCUCUGGUUUUCUGGAUUCACAUCAUCUCUCCGGCACUUUACUACUCAAACACCUGGGACUCGGCUUACUUGCCCAUUCAAAGCAACUCUAUUUAUGAUAACUUGGGAAAGACGUUCAACGUUUCUAGAAUCUACCUUCCCGUUACAUAUGCUCUCAACACCUUUGGUCUCUCGUUUGCCACCAUUGCAUCACUCUUUGUCUGGCUGUUCCUCGAGAAGCGCUACAAAGCUGUUCCGCUUUGGUGGUAUUGGAUAACUGCGCUGCUUGCUCUUGGCUUUGGGGUUUUUGCAUGCGAAUUCUACCCACUUGCGUGGGUCUAUGCAACGACGAAUAUGAAGAUUCAGAUCGAUAUCUUCUGUCGCAUCAUUGCAGAAUAUAUUUGGGAGGGCAAAGUAUUGGCCAACAUCUGGUUCUUCAACCUUGGCUACAUCUCUGGCAUCAAGGGUCUGGCGUUUGCACAGGACCUGAAACUGGGCAUCUACUGCAAUAUUCGGCCUUGGAAACUGUUCCUCGUGCAGUCAGUAGGCCUUGUCAUCGGUUCUCUGGGUCAAGUCUCCGUUCUCAACUGGGCUCUCAACCACAUCCCAGAUAUCUGCUCCACCAAUGCCCCCAACGGCUUCACAUGCCCGUUCUCUCGCACUCACUUCAACACCAGCAUGUUCUUCCUCGUCGGCGCCGUCCUGCCCGUGGUCGUCUACGUGGUGAGAAAGAGAGUCUUCCCCGAGGCCAAGUGGCUGAAGAAGGUCCACGUCCCGCUCUUCCUCGGCGGGCUCAACUACAUUCCUCCGGCGUCCGGAACCAACUAUGGUAGCUGGGCGAUUGUCGGCCUCGUCUUCGGUUUGCUCAUCAAGAGAAGGCAGAGGACUUGGUGGAGACGGUACAACUUCGUUCUCAGCUCAGCUUUGGACUGCUCAGUUGCCAUUGCCGGAAUCGUUAUUUUCUUCGCCAUCUUUUACACUGGUGCUUCCAAGAAGCUCAGCUGGUGGGGUACCGAAGUUCAUAAAGAUACCUGUGACUGGAAGAGUUGCACUUACAUGAGCCGAACCGCGCAUAAGAGUGCCUAG